GGACCAAACAGAUUGGAUAUUGAGGACAAUACUUAUGGGGGUGCUGUAGCAACUGGUUGCUUUCUAGAGGGUCAUGCAAAACAGGACUGUUUCUUAGAAAUCAUAAGAGUUGUUAAGCCAGGCGGCGUGCUGGUAUUCCAACUAAACAAAACUGGUCUGUCCAAAUCAUAUUUAGCUGGGUUUGAGGACACCUUAAAAGCUCAUGAAGAUGACAAAUUAUGGACAUUAGUCAAAAAAGAAUUUGUUCCAAAGCUACUUGGAAACGAGGACGGUUUAAGAUACGUAUAUAGAAUAAAUUAGAUGAGCAUAUUCACCUUUAAAUGGAUGAAUUCAUUUUUGCCACAAAUAUAAAACGUUGCAAGUGUAUGAAAACAAAAGCUGUCCAUAAAACUAAUGAAGACAGAACUGAUCAAAAAGGGUUCGAAUAGAUAAGCAAUAAAUAUGAAAUACAAAAAUAAAAUCUUAAUUUUGAGGUGGGUAGAUCCGAAAUAAGAGGUCUUAUCCAAUAAAAUAUUAGGAAAUUCCAUUAACAAAAAUUGGC